GCUCAGUGGGCUGUGGCUCACAAGGCUAUUGUAAGGUGCCAACAGCUGGUCUUGCGUGCUCGUCGGGCCACCCUGGUGGGUAGUAGCCAGACGACGACAGCUGUGGGGGUGACGCCACAUCCCUAGGACACCAUAUGCGCCCGCUGCCGCUGCUGGCAUCGAUGCUGGCGCUGCGCCGCGGCCUCGCCAUGAGCACUGCUGGUCCGAGGGAGCUUCGGAUUACGCAAGCGCUGACGAGCGCCUUCGCACCUGCCCAUCUGGAGGUCCUCAACGAGUCGCACGGCCGGCGCGAGGACGAGAGCCAUUUUAAAGUAGUCGUCGUGAGCGACAAGUUCGAGGGCGUGAAACCGCUCAUCAAGCGCCACCGUUUGGUGACGGCGGCCAUCACGGCGGACACGGGCGGCCAGCUCGACUUCCAUUCACUGAGUGUCGCGGCGGCGAAGACACCGGCGGAGUGGGACGGGGUCGUUGCGCCUUCCCCAAAGUGCGCGGGCGGCGACGGGCGGGGGACGAAGCGGUGACGCGUCGUCCGUAGUAACCUUGGUUUGUGGAGUACUCUUACUUAUAAAUAACACAGCGGGGAGGGAGGAGAGGCACCGCGAUCGUCACCAGGGCCACCGCGGCCGCGGCUCGUCUGGUAUAUCAGUCGGCCGCGGCGCCAUGGCCGGCCCGCGCGUCGCGUGGCUCCGCCACAUGCGGUCGCGUUCAACCUUCCGCUCGUCGAAGAGCGGCACGAAGAGGCGGAACGUGACGUACGCAAUAAACACGUAGAGCGUGCAGCGCCGCAGGCCCUCGCUCGUGAGGAACAGGUCCAUCCACGUGAUGAUUUCCCGGUCGUAGCUCGCGUAGCGCGCGGCCGGCGCGGCGUUCAUCACGUGGGGCUCGACCAUGCUGGGCAGCGUCCGCGACCGCUGCGACGGCGUGCCGGGCUGGCUACGUGUAUGUGCUGCUGUCUCUCUGGGCAGCCGCGCGCGCCACGGCACUUGCUGCAGGUGACGCUCGCCGAUCUCGGGCCUCGCUCUGUGCGCUGUUUGGGCAGCCUAGGCCGCUACCAGCAGCGACGUACGGCCG